GUUUGGAUCCGAAAAAUAAUCUUCAUUUUUUUUACACAAAUUUUAUCAGAGCUCGAGACUUAUAUGUCUGUUUUCAAUUUUCUAGGGUUUCUUCUUCUUAUCAAUCUUUAAAUCUCAAGGGUUUCGAAUCUUUCGAUUAUUAUCAGAUAUUUCGUUUUAUGGCUAUGACAAGAACUAACGAAGAAUCUGAUAGAGAAGAAGAAAAAUCUGAUGAUGUCUCCACUAAAUUUCCUUCGUUCGAGUUUGAUUCUCCUGACAAAACUGAGGAUUCACUUGGGGGUGAUAAGACUGGGAAAGACGAAUCGAAUGAAGUGUCAGGUAAUAAUAUUUCAACUACUGUUGAGUUUGUUAACGAAGAAUUAGAUAGCAAAGUUGGAAUUAGGGUUUCUAAUAAUAAUGAUACAGAUUAUGUUUUUGAUAUUAAAACUGUAGAAUCGAAGAGGUCUUUGGAGAGUGUUUCUGUGGAUUCUAGUGUAGAUGUGAAAAUGGAAACUAGGGUGUCCGAAGAAAAGGCUGAGGCGGUAAGAGAAGAUGAUUUUGAUGACAAAAGUAAAGAUUGGUCUAGUGAGGAGAUGAAAGAAGAUGAUGAAAUGUCUGAGAAAUCAAACGUAUUGGAUUUUAAUUCAGCUUAUUCAACUGUAGAUGAAGGGAAUGAUGAUAGAAUGGCAGAGGCAUUUGGAUUAGAAGCUGAGAAGGCGAUGAGUUUUGGCUUUGAACCAGGGGAUAUGGUUUGGGGGAAAGUAAAGUCUCAUCCAUGGUGGCCAGGGCAAGUUUUUAGUGAAGCAUAUGCUACAACAUCUGUUAGGCGUUCAAAACGUGUCGGUCAUGUAUUAGUUGCAUUUUUUGGUGAUAGUAGUUAUGGAUGGUUUGAUCCAGCUGAGCUAAUUCCAUUUGAACCAAAUUAUUCUGAAAAAUCACAACAAACGACUAUGAGAAUUUUUGUUAGAGCUGUUGAAGAAGCUGUUGAUGAAGUUCGUCGAAGAGCUUCUCUUGGGUUGGUUUGUUGCUGUAGAAACCCCCGCAAUUUUCGGCCAACAAACAUACGAGGGCAAUUUACAGUUGAUGUGCUUGACUAUGAAGGAGGGACAUAUUCGGUUAAGGAAAUCAAAAAGGCAAGAGAUAGUUUUCAGCCUGGUGAAGCACUUUCCUUUGUUCAGCAGUUGGCUGCCAAUCCCCGGGAUUACAGGGAAAAGGAUAAUGAAAGGAAGGGUAUUGAUUGGAUUAGGAACGUGGCUACUUUUCUUGCUCUACGGAAAGAAACUUAUGAAGAAUUCGAUGAGACCUAUUCUCAGGCAUUUGGAGGGCCAUCUGCACGCCCUGAUACCAGUGCAACGCGGGUGUUGGAUCAGGGUGCUAAAGUUCCCCUUCGAGCCCCUUUAAGUGGUCCUCUCGUAAUUGCUGAAGCAUUGGGUGAGAAAGGCUUCACAAAGUCGUCAAAAGUCAAGGACAAAGCGAAGAAGGAUAAGUUUCUACUCAAACGGAGGGAUAAACCAAAUGUACCUAAAGCUCCAAAACUUAGCAAAGGUCACGCAGUUACUGUGGCAAUGGCACCAGGGGAUUAUGUUUUCAAAAAGAGAACACCAGCUGUUUCUAAGAAGCCUCCGAUUUCUAAAGAACAUGAAGGAGUUCAAACAGUUAACUGUGAUGGUGUCGGUGUUGCUAAAUCUAGCACGGACAUCAGCACUGUCAUAGUAGAAGGAAGCUCUGGGUUCGAGGAUACGGAUGUCUGGCGUCAAAUGAGUGAUAAAGGGAUGCGUGUUGGGGAUACAGGUACCACUGAUACUGAAUUGGAUGGUUCAAUUGCAUUGAUGAAUUCAGAAGCCAGUGGAACUCUAGAUAGUGCUAACCAGAAACUAGAAAAGGCUGAUGUUAAUUUGAAACUGGAGGAGAGUACAUCACAACCAAGAAAAUCUGAAGGACUUGAACAACCCAAACAACCAAUAUUAACUUCAGAAGGGUAUGGGGGACUAGGUCAAGUUUCCGAAAGUGGUGAUGGCAGAGAUAUUUUGGAGCCUCUGGGUUCACCUCCAUUUCCUGUCGAUGCCAAGCUUCACAAAGGGGCGAGUGGUAUGAAUUCUGAUACGGUUGUUAAGAAAGCAAAGGUUCUUAAACGACCAAUGAAUUUGAGUACUAAUAAGACUAUUAUGGGCGAAAAAAAGAAAAAGAGGAAGAAGCAAUUAGGGUCAGAAGAUAUCUCAGAUCAACCACCGAAGCGUCUAAAAAAAGGGAAAGAUGGAGAGUUCUUGAGAAAGUCUACUGGAAAACUACAGCUAGAUCUACAAAAGAAAAUGGGUGGUGCCAACAGUACUAUUUUCUCUGAUUCCUUGGAGCUGUCGCCGAAGGAUGACCCUUCAAAGAUCAGUGUUGAACUUCCAGAACUGCUCGAUGACCUGCUAGGUCUGGCUGUUGAUCCAUUCUAUGGGGUGGAAAGAAACAGUCCUACAAUUGUACGACAUGCUCUGCUGCAAUUACGUACCCUUCUUUAUCAGAAGAGCUUGGUACUGGUUCCUACGAAUGACCCCGAAACGUCAAACUUUAACCAAAAUAAGUCUCUCGCUGGUGCUGGGCCGUUUAAGAUCCCUUCUGGUGAGAAUGCAAUAAAAGCGUCUGCAAGACUACCGAAACCUCUGCCAAGACCGGAGGAUCCUACUAAAGCCGGACGAAAGCGUAGCCUUUCUGAACGCCAAGAAGAGAAAUCUGCCAAAAAGCUCAAGAAAAUGAGCGAGUUGAAGUCGUUGACUGCUGAAAAGAAGGGUGGAAUCCUUAGGAUUCCAGAACCAAAGCAAGGAGAACGGAAAGAGGCAGGGACUGGUGGGGUUUUUCCUGUAAAACCAACCAAGACAGCUACUGUCACUAAGAGACAUGAAAAUCUCCAAGCGAAGGUUCCUGGGCCUGCAAUGCUGUCAAUGAUGUUUCCUCCUAGAACAAGUUUGCCGUCACCGGCUGAGCUGAAGGCAAGGUUUGCACGGUUUGGGCCGCUUGAUCACUCUCUCCUUCGUGUAUUUUGGAAGUCAUCGACCUGCAGGGUUGUGUUUAAGAACAAGUCUCAUGCAGUAGCGGCAUAUGAUUAUGCUGUCAGAAACAGAGGUCUAUUUGGCAAUGUUAAGGUGAACUACCAGCUGAAGGAUGUGGUACCUGCUGAAUCUGCCACUAAAUCUCGGCCGGAUGAUAUCAUUGAUGAAUAUCCAACAACUCGCCAAACCCAGCAGAAACAGCAUUCAGCGGUCCAAUUGAAAUCGUGUCUGAAGAAGCCGAUAGGAGAAGAGACAACAGGUUCAGUUAUGGGUAGCAUUCAAAGAGAAAACAACCCACGUGUAAAGUUUAAGUUGGGUGUGGAAGAAAGUGCAGCUGGUGGUAGUAGUAGUAGGGGAGAAGAGUUGAUGCUUAGCAACAACAGUAGUAGUAGUGCUUCAGAUGGUAGUUUUGCAACAUCCUCAUUUGGGCAUGGAAUGGAUAUUAAUAGUAAGAACUUUCAAAAGUUUAUUCCUCCACCACUGCCUCCUGCUUCUCUUUUGCCUCUUCAACCUCCUCUUAUUACUGGUCAAGGUUUCAUGAAAAUCCCUCAAUAUAAUGAACUUGAUCAGCAAAGAACUACCACAAACACCAUCGCCACCACCAUUAGCAUGAAUAAAGUUGAUAUAUCAAGUGAGAUGCUAAACCUUAUGUUGAGAUGCAGUGACAUAGUAAGAGAUCUCAACUCUUCAUUUGGGUAUCUCCCUUAUCAUUCUCUUUGACUUGAACUUGAGAAGAAAUUGCCCGGGAAUCGAUUAUAUAAACAGAGGAGUGAGACCCCACUGCUGGGUGUUGAUCGUUUUGACGAGGGGAAGAGAAAGAGGUGGGAAGAGCCCGUUGAGCAGCACAAAUCGAGGCCCCCCACCCCUGAAAAUAUUUCGAGGAAGGAAAGAGGGUGACACAUUUCUUUUUGUAAGGAGAGGGUUGAAGCUCAGGAAAAUACGUCGUUUCCUAUUGAUAAAAAAAGAAAUAUAAAUCAAACAAUGUAUCAUGUACACCUUCAAAUUGUCUGGUUAAUGAAUCUCUAUACGAGGACUACCGUGGUGUAAAUUGACAUAAUUUCUCAUUUGUCGUUUUCCCUUUCAGUUAUCCUUUUGUUAACUUCUCCAAAUCCAUAUAGGAUUCAUCUAUUUAAGUAAGCUAGGUUUCCA